AUGAUGGCGGAAUCUAAGUCUGACUUUCCUCCAACCCCAUCGUGGUUCGAUCGCUUCUGUCUUGCUCAAAGACAAAAUGAUCCUAAAUCCCAUUCGGCAUGGCAAAAGAACAGCAUUGUCGUGAUAAUCACCCUUUCAGCAUUCACGGCACCCUUCGCCUCCUGCAUCCUGUUCCCAUCUUUCACCACCCUAGUCGAUCAUUUCCACACCACAGAGCCAAAAGUAGCUCUGACCACAACCGUCUUUCUGAUAGGUCUAGCCAUUGCACCAUUAUGGUGGAGUUCAUUGAGCCAGGAAUACGGGCGUCGACCAGUGCUGGUUUUCAGCUUCUUCAUUUCGGCCAUUGCUGUCGUUAUCUGCGCUGUGUCAAAUUCGUUGCCGCUCAUCACAGUCUUCCGACUAAUUGAGGCCCUCGGCUGCUCAUCGGCUCAAAGCGUCGGUGCUGGCGUCAUCGGCGAUAUCUAUCUCCCCGUCGAGCGCGGAUCUGCUCUAGGAUGGUUCUAUCUUGGAACUCUGAUCGGGCCUCUCGUUGCUCCGAUUCUAGGAGGCGCUCUUCAGAUAUGGCUUGGCUGGCGGGCAAACUUGUACUUUAUGGCUAUCUUUACCUUUGCCAUGGCGAUACUCAUCUUGCUGGCGUUGCCUGAAACUCUGGUGAAAGUAAACGCUGAAGGAAGUACCAAGUCGUCGCUAUUUUGGCUUCAAAAACUCCAACGCGAUGCUGCUGCCCCUUUGCCCAAGCUCAAACUCCUGCUCGUUCCCUCCAUCGCCCUCUCCGUGGCAUAUGUCAGCAUCUGCUUUGCAAGUCUGUAUUGCUUCAAUACCACACUCCCAUAUGCAUACUCCGCGCCUCCUUACAGCUUCUCUUCUAUCGAAGUUGGAUUAUGCUACAUCAGCAACUGCCUCGGAUAUGCAAUCGGUAGCGUUGCAGGUGGUCGACUCAGCGAUGCCAAGUUGCGCAAAUACCAGCUUACCCAUGAUGGAGAGAUCAAUCCCGUUGAAAGACUCAAGACUGUAUGGUAUGGUGUUGGUUUUGUUCCGGUUGGCUUGGUACUCUACGGCUGGUUGGUCGAAAAACAAGUUUUCUGGUUUGCGCCCUUGGUGGGAGCUUUCCUCUUUGGACUGGGACUCAUGCUUAUCACAUCGACAAUUAUGCCUUUCCUUGUGGAUGUUAAGCCUGGAGUCGGUGCUUCUGUUGUGGCCGAUUUGAAUUUGGUACGUAAUAUCCUAGCUGCUAUUGGUACUGUUAUCUCGCCUGUUGCAGUAGCGAGCAUUGGGUUUGGAUGGUGGAUGACUAUUCUAGCAAUUUUGUGUUCUUUGGGGGUUUUGUGUAUGGUGAUUGUUGUUUGGAGAGAGGCGGUGCAACAGAAAGAGCCCUCUGGAGAGGCAUCGGUGUAG